GCCCAUUCUUGCCGGGACAGAGUGCUGUGGUCACCCCGGAGGGAGUAGUGCGGGCUGUGCUGGUUAUAACGAGGACUCUGCUGCCAAUAGGACUCUUUUGUGUCUGAUCUCUUUAAAGCAGGACGUUACCCCCAGCCUCUCAGGACUUCAUGUCUGUAUUUUACCCCAUUCCCAGCACUGAUUACUUGCGAUCAGCUGAGAUGACUGAGGUAAUAAUGAACACCCAACCUAUGGAUGAGAUUGGCUUGAGCCCUCGCAAAGAUUCUUAUCAGAUCUUCCCAGAUCCAUCAGACUUUGAGCGAUGCUGCAAGCUCAAGGACAGACUACCCUCCAUUGUUGUGGAGCCCACAGAGGGAGACGUGGAGAGCGGGGAGCUGAGAUGGCCUCCAGAGGAAUUCCUGGUGGAAGAGGAGAAAGAAUCGAACUGCGACACAACAAAGAAAGAUAAGGAGCAGUAAUGAUGCAGCUGGAUACAAUGUAACCUUUGUUAGUUGUAAGAGGAAAGGCCCACUAAUGGCUCGACUAGGAAACUGUUAGGAAGGAAUUUUUUUGUUACCGAUGACAAUUUCAAAGACGCACCGGUGAGACUUUCCUUUUUUUUUUCUUUUUUUUUUCUUGUGCAACCAGCCUUUGAUGUGAUUGAGCAACAAAGUCUCAAAGAAGUAUUAGGUUUUUGUUUUACUUCGAGAAUACUGUUUGAGGUCUUCCUCCAAGGCUAGACACAGCAGUAAUCUUGGUUAGAUCAAGGCAGUAAAAGAAGGAAUUCUUUGGACAGACAGACUCAACCGGUAGUAUGGAAUCUGCUUUCUGCAAGAAUGAAAGUUCAACCCGUGCUCUUUCCAGCUGAAUGUUCAUCCACGCUGUCUAGUAAAACAAUCAAUUGUCUUUCGCCUAUGCCCACCAAAGUGAUCUUCUGAUGGUCUGGCUGUGCACCCGCGUUCCGCUCUUGACAAGUGCUCAUCGAACAAUGUAGUAAGCCCUUUGUGUGUGGAUCAAAAAUGAAGUCCGUCUCCACGAUGACGCCAGUGUUCAUCCAUGCACAAGAAGAGUUAUUGUCAUGUUGCAGUAUUUGUGUCCUGUGCUAUGACUUGUCUGUCCAGUUGUGUUCAUUGACUGAAAGUGUUGUAGGGUUUUGAUCCAAAAGUAGACCACGUUGACAAGUGUUUAGGAUUCUCUGGGGGUUUUUAAAAUCAUGAAAUACAGAGCUUCCUUCCCUGAUAACGAAGAGCUCCUGUGCAUCACUCAACGGCACCGAAUGUGUCCAGGACGUAAAAUCUGUGCAUGGGCGUUGCGCGUUUGCCGAUCACAAAUGUGGACAUGCGACAGACAUUUGGCAAUAGUGACAAGUUAUGUUUAAUUUAGUAGACUACCAUUGUUCGAAUUGAGACGUUUGCCAAAAAGUUAAGUGGGGAGCAAGGAUAAUUUUUCUCUAAGUAAACUGGUGUACGAGGAAUGGAACUUUUAAAAGCUACAUUUGCAUUAUGCAUCGCGGAUAUGUCCAAUUGUUCUACAUGAUGUUGUAACAUCAGAGCCUGUUUUCCAUGUCCUGUCAACCAUUUCCUCAAUGCAGUUUCUCCUCAAACACCCUAUUCACAAUUUCUCAGGUUGUGAUGGAUGAAUCUAUUCAAUGACAGUACUAAAAAUAUACAUCCGUUUCUGCAAGAUUCCACGUUCUCCACACAAAAUGCACCCCCCCAACCUCCUGUUGCCCUGAGCACAAACAGCUAUUGUCAUUGUAUUUCAAGCCUCCUUUAGAGAAACUAACUAUCCAUUGAAUUGAAAAUACCUCAGUAUGAAAAUGCUGGUGGAAGAGGAGGAAAGAUUGCAUUACAUUAGAUGGUUCAUCGUUCCUGUAUGCCUGUUUUGGUUCUCUCAUGAAUAUAUAGCAAUAAUUUUGUCUGUGCUUUGGACCGUCAAUGCAAAAUGUAAAGCUUCCUCUCGUGUGUGUCUUGCAAGUGACACGUGUAAAAUGAAAAAUUUUCAUGGAUUUGUCUGCAUCUUCCGUCUGUCACCAGCCAAUAGGUCUCCAGGCUUGUAGUGUUGUGUGCCUGUCUCGUUUUGACCUUCGGUGGUGUUAAAUGGACAACAGUUUGGCGCUCCAGCCAUGCUCGGUCAACCCCAACUAUCUUGUGGUCUGUUCAGUUAGAAAUGUAGUGGAAAUCCACUGGGAGGCCCAGACUUCCCUGCUUCAGGGUCCACGCGUCGGUAAAGCUCCAGCAGAACCUUGGCGCAAAGAUCAGCUCCGGUGGAGGAACCUAAUCUGCAUUUGUUGUUUCUCGUUAUAAGUAUUGUAUAUUUCCAGUUGUUACGAACGUCUGCGAACAAAAGCACUCAAGUAAACUGUUGUAUAAUAGUAUAUAUAUUUCUGUAAUUUUUGAGGCUCAGGGAGAAGCUAGCUUUUUUUUUUUUUUUUUUUUUUUUCCAAACAACUUUUGUCACUGUGACGGUUGUAAAUAAAAGUUUGACAUUGCUUUCCAA